AUGCUUUUUUGGUUUUUUUUUCAGAAUGGUAAGGUGGUCUUCUCAGAAGGUUUUGGAGUGACCAGUCCUAAGAAAGGGUACAAUGUGACUUCAAAAACUUUAUUUAGCAUGGCGUCGCUGACCAAGGCUUUUACUGCCGCCCUUAUUCUGGAUGUUAUGGCUAAGAACGGAAGUGUCAAGCUAUCUUCUACUAUAAGAGAAGUGGUCGGCAACAAUUUCUGCUUCAAUGAUACUCAGAGGACAGAGUAUGCAACAAUCGAGGAUCUUCUGACACAUCGCCUGAGAGUCCCUGGCAAUGAUGAAUUCCGGUUUAACCCCAAGAUUGAUCGACAGGAAUUGUUAAAUUCAAGUGAGUUCAGAGUUAAAGGAACCUAUAGCUCCACCAAUUACAUUAUGGUAGCAGCUAUCACAGAACUGAUGAGCAACAGCUCUUGGGAAGAGUUGAUGAACCAGACAUUGCUCAGGCCUUUGGGAAUGACGUCGACUAAAUAUGCUGCUGAUGUGGACUUUGAUGAUGAGAAGGUAGCACAACCUUAUUCAACUUAUGAAGGGCAAGAAGGAUAUAUCAGUCCAGCUUUUACAAAACAGUGGGACAGCCGAUGUGGCUCCGGAUGCUUGUUCUCCAGUGCUGACGAAAUGGCAAACUGGAUGAACUUUCACCUUACUAGGGGCAGGGAUAUUCACGGACAAGAGAUAUUCCCAGAAUCGUUCAUCGCUGAGUUACAUUCACCGAGAUCAUUUCUGCCGGCCACCGACGUCAGCCUGGAGCAGAGGCCAGAGUUUCCUGUUACUCAGACUGGGGAUUUGUAUGCUCUUGGUUGGAGAGUAGGUCACUACAGAGGUUAUAAGAUCCUCUUCCACACCGGUUCAACCCCUGGCUAUGCAUCUAUGCUGACACUUGUCCCUUCAGAGAAUGUGGGUGUGUUCAUUGCCAUGAAUGGAGACGAUGAUGGUGUAUAUUACAG